AUGUUAAUCAAAGCAUCAAUGCACAGCACCAAGAAGAACUUGUCUCUUCUCGGGCAGUUCCGUAGCGUCCUGAGUAAAGAUAACGGCGGUCCCGGUUCCGAAGACCCCGGGCAGCUCCGGGGCCUUCUCCGACUCGAACUUCUUGGACUUUUCCGUGAGCUUCUCACCCGUCGCCGGCCCUCCGACGGCAUCCGUACCUACAUUGGAAACGGGCCAAGAGCCGAGACUGCAACGGCCGGUUAUCUAACCUUUUUCUGCGCCACAAACGCCAAAUGUUUAUUGGAUGCGGGAAACCGAGUCGCCGAGCUGCCGCCGUCAAACAGCCUUCCUUGGCCCCAUCUUGGUAUUGGCGUCUACGUGUUGCUAUCAAGAUGGCUCGCCGGCACUGGGGUGGAGGACAACACCAUAACUUGCUUACGUUGCUCAAACCCCUCAGCCAAGUGA